AUGCAAGACACGGAUGUUUCGGCACAUUGGUUUCGCGGCCGACUCGGAAUAUCAGUCUCGGAAGGCGGGAAGGGGCCUUUGACCACAACAGCAAGACGCGUUAUGGCCGACACCGAAAGCCUACAAAUUGUCAUUUACACUGGCUACGGUACCCUCCCCGGGCUAUCAGCUCCCGCCAGUGAGGUGCCGGCUGCUCAGCCUGAGUCCACGGCCUCACCACCUUCAUGUGGGAUUGGAUGGGACUGGCAUAAGAUAUAUCGGUUUAUCCCAAGGUUUCUCCUAACCAUAUUCGCCAUCUUGCUCUACAUCCUCCUCGCCUACCCGCCGGGCCUCCCCGCCCCGCUCCACGUGUCCAUCUACGCCCUCGGCAGCCGCCUCUUCUUCGGCUUCUGGGUCGCCUUUGUGACGCGACUGUACGAGGACCCGGACACGGAAGGGCUCCAUAUACGGGUAAUCGCGAUGUACGCGAUCCCCCUCUUUGCUCUCUUCCCCAUCCUCGCGGCGCGCGAGGCGUCGCUGAUACCAGCAGCCAUCGCAUGCGGUGCUGUCGCCUCAAACUUCCUUGCCUUUCUGGUCGCCAUGGUCCUGGGCGGGGGCAGAGGGAGGAAGUGGGUACUUGGACACCUGCAGCAAAUCGUAUGUCUCUUUCCUGUUUCUUGGUCCCGCACUCGAACUAAUCCCACACCAGUAGUAGUCACAGGCAAGGAUGUAGAGGCCGGACGCUAUUCAAGUUCUCUACCUACAUCGUACACUGUUAUCAGUCACAAAUCGGUAGCAUAA